AUGUCGACGACGUCCUUCGAGUCGGACGUGCCCCUGCCCUACUUCUCCUACGCGGAGUACGUGAUCCAGAAGCCGCACAUCAAACUGAGGGACGUCGAGCGGAAAAAGGCCGUCUUCGUCGCGCGCAACUGUCUGUCGAAGAACGACCGCGAGGGGCUCGUGAGGAGCCUCAUGGAGCUGCUGCCCGUCGAGAGCGUGUCCUCCUGCCUCCACAACGCGGACGUGCCCGGGUCGCGGGGCUCCAAGGUCGACCUCGUGCGGCGCUACGCGCUCUACCUCGCCUUCGAGAACCAGAACGUCGACGACUACGUCACGGAGAAGCUCUGGGGCGCGCUGGACGCGGGCGUGCUGCCCGUGUACUACGGCGCGCCGAACGUCUGGCAGCACGCGCCGCCGGGAUCCAUCGUCAACGUGCGCGACUUUCCGUCGACGGAGGCGCUCGCGGCCCACCUCCGCGCCAUCCUCGCCAACGAGACCCUCUACGAGUCCUACCACGCCUGGCGCUACCGGCCGCUGCCGGCCUGGUGGGUCGCGCGCUUCGAGAUCACGCGCACGCACAGCGAGUGCCGCACGUGCCUCUGGGCCGACGCGCGGCGCGAGCAGCUCCGGCUCGCGGGGGCCUAA